AUGGCCUCAGCACAGCCUGCUUUUAUACGAGAGAACGUUGGUGCACGCGGUAGUGUUGCCAUCGCACGGCAACGACCGGUCCACCCAGGCCCAUCGCAGUCUGCACAACAGGGCAGUGUCCAGCAAAGUGGUCAAACGGUGGUGCAGCAACGACAGCUACCACUACUCACAGGCCAGCCCGGUCUCCAGCAAGGUGUUCCAGCGGCUCUUCCACCAGUGCCGAUUAUACCGGAUUUUGCUGCGUUGCACAACGCGCACAUAGGCAUCGAAGGUUAUGCCCGGUCGCUCCUUCAACUGAUCGCCGAUUUGCGGCAACAAGUCCACCACGUGACGGGCGAAAGCAACGGUCGGGAGGUGAAGAUCAAGGAAUGGGAGAAUCACUGCCAAGAUCUGUGGAUGAAAUGCGAGGAUGCGAGAUUGAAGGCUGAAGAGCAGCACGACAAGGAGAUCCGGGAGCUCAAUCGUCAACACGAAGACGACUUUCUCGAUCACACCCGUGAGUCGACUGAACAGAGAGUUGCACUAUGCCUCACCAUCAGGAAGGUCCAGAAGGAUGGCGAUGAUCUUCGAGCCGCUCUGGCCCAAGAGAAGGAGGCCAACAAGAUAACUCUCGAGAUACUGCGUUUGCAACGCCAGGACCUUCAAGAUGCUCUCGUCAACGAGCAAGCGACCAGCAGUAGCCUUCAGGACAGGGUGGAGGAGCAGCAGGCAGCGUUGGUGUCCAAUCAGAAGACAGUCAAGGCCGUCGCUGCCAGAUCGGUCGUUCGGACUGCCAUUCAUCGUUGGCAAACCAGAAAACUUCAAGCCAAGGUCCAGACCGCAGAGCUUCUUUCCAAUGGACUGUGCAUGGAGGUCACCAGGCUCGAAGGCGAGCUCGGCGUUGCUGUUGACGUCGUCCGUGAUUGGAUACGGAAAAACAGCAACUUCAAGAGUGCUCGCAAGGAGAUCGGCACCGAGAACGACAAGCUCCAUGCCGAACUGGAUUGCGUAAACCAACAGCUCCGCGCUCUCGAGGAAAAGCUCAAGACAGCCGAGGGGAACUAUGCCAAGGAGAAGGCUAGCCUCAAAGACUCCGAAGGGAAGAGGAAAGUGGAGCAAGAUGAGAUCAAGAAGGUCAGAGGUGGCUUCCGAGAGCUCAAGGCGAAGUUCGACAAGUUGGAGACACUUGCAAGUGAACAGAAGACGACGCUCAAGAACAACACCGGCGAGCUGGUCAAGAAGGGUAACGAGAUCAAGGCUCUGGUCGAGGGGUGCAGUAGAUUGAGGAAAAUCGCGGAGGAGGACAACGAGAACUCUGUCGCACUGAAUGAGGCCAAGAAAGAUCUUGAGAAGGAAAACGCCGACCUUCAGGAGAAACUUCAACAAACCCAACAACAGCUCCAAGAAUCCAAUGUCGCCAAAGCGGCCGUCGAGAAGGAGUACGCAGAGUUCAAGCAGGUCGCGGCAGAGAGCAGAAAGGCGGGGGAGAACAGUAGGAAGGCCAGUCGGAAGCUGGAUGAGAUGCUUGGUCACGACACUCAGGACUCUGACGAGGACGAUGCACCACCUCGGAAGAAGAAUCGCUCCUCCAAUAGCACCACGCCUCCGGUCAAGCAGGGUUCUCCAGACAGUGUGACAUACCGGUCAGCCCUGCGGUAUCGACAGAGUCCACGAACGAUUCUCGCGUCGUCAGAGAUCCGAGAUUGCAGCCACCUCGACAACCUCUGGCGAUGGAGAGCAAGUCUUCCUUGCCACCGCGACCUAUGA